GCCCAGGUACUUCUUCUCUGAGCCGGUGCACCCAGAGACCUUGAUUUCUCCGACCUGGAAUAGAUCUUUCUUCCAUGAAGACUGGAGACGUCCAACUGUAUUCUUUUAAGUACAUCUAAAUACCAAAAUCUACUGGAAGUUCAGGCACCCUACAGAUCUAGAGACACCUAGCCAAUCCAACCUCUACCAUGGGGGCCGUGACCUGGCUAUUGCCAGGCAUCUUCCUAGCUUUGUUUGCCCUCACUCCUGAAGGUGGGGUCCUCAAGAAAGUCAUCAGGCACAAGCGAGAGAGUGGGCUGAACUUGACCUUGCCAGAGGAGAAUCAGCCAGUGGUGUUUAACCAUGUCUACAACAUCAAGUUGCCCAUGGGUUCUCAGUGCUCAGUGGAUCUAGAGUCAACGAGUGGAGAGAAAGACCUGAGCCCCUUACCAGAGUCCAGCGGAAGCUUCCAGGAGCAUACAGUGGAUGGGGAAAAUCAGAUUGUGUUCACACACCGCAUCAACAUCCCUCGUCGGGCCUGUGGCUGUGCCGCAGCUCCAGAUGUGAAGGAGCUCCUGAGCAGACUGGAGGAACUGGAGAUGUUGGUAUCUUCUCUAAGGGAGCAGUGCACCAUGGGUACAGGCUGCUGCCUCCAACCUGCAGAAGGCCGUCUGGACAGCAGGCCCUUCUGCAGCGGCAGGGGUAACUUCAGUGCUGAAGGUUGUGGCUGUGUCUGUGAACCAGGCUGGAAAGGCCCCAACUGCUCUGAGCCUGAAUGCCCUGGAAACUGUAAUCUCAGAGGCCAGUGCCUUGAUGGACAGUGUAUCUGUGACCAGGGUUUCACUGGGGAAGACUGCAGCCAGCUAGCCUGUCCCAAUGACUGCAAUGACCAGGGCAAGUGUGUGAAUGGGGUCUGUGUGUGCUUCGAAGGCUAUGCCGGCCUCGACUGUGGCCUGGAAGUCUGCCCAGUGCCGUGCAGCGAGGAACACGGGAUGUGUGUGGAUGGCAGGUGUGUGUGCAAAGAUGGCUUUGCUGGUGAAGACUGCAAUGAGCCCCUUUGCCUCAACAACUGCAACAACCGUGGGCGGUGUGUGGAGAACGAAUGCGUCUGUGAUGAGGGCUUCACGGGCGAAGACUGCAGCGAGCUCAUUUGCCCCAAUGACUGCUUCGACCGAGGUCGCUGCAUCAAUGGCACCUGCUACUGUGAAGAAGGUUUCACAGGUGAAGACUGUGGUGAGCUCACCUGCCCCAACAACUGUCAGGGCCAUGGCCAGUGUGAAGAGGGACAGUGUGUUUGCAACGAGGGCUUUGCAGGGGCAGACUGCAGUGAAAAGCGGUGUCCCGCAGACUGUCACCACCAUGGCCGCUGUCUCAACGGACAGUGUGAGUGUGACGAUGGGUUCACAGGGGCUGACUGCGGGGAACUCCAGUGCCCCAAUGGCUGCAGUGGGCAUGGCCGCUGUGUCAAUGGGCAGUGUGUGUGUGACGAGGGCUACACCGGAGAAGACUGUAGCCAACGGCGAUGCCCCAAUGACUGCCACAACCGCGGUCACUGUGUACAGGGCAAAUGCAUAUGUGAGCAAGGCUUCAAAGGCUUUGACUGUAGUGAGAUGAGCUGUCCCAAUGACUGCCACCAACAUGGCCGCUGUGUGAAUGGCAUGUGCAUCUGUGAUGAUGACUACACUGGGGAAGACUGCAGAGACCGCCGCUGUCCCCGGGACUGUAGCCAGCGGGGGCGCUGUGUGGACGGACAGUGCAUUUGUGAGGAUGGUUUCACUGGUCCUGACUGUGCUGAGCUCUCCUGCCCUGGUGACUGCCACGGCCAUGGCCGCUGUGUGAAUGGCCAAUGCAUCUGCCACGAGGGCUUCACGGGCAAAGACUGCAAAGAGCAAAGGUGCCCCAGUGACUGCCACGGCCAAGGCCGCUGUGAGGACGGCCAAUGUAUCUGCCAUGAGGGCUUCACAGGCCUGGACUGUGGGCAGCGCUCCUGUCCCAAUGACUGCAGCAACCAGGGACAAUGUGUGGCAGGCCGCUGCAUCUGCAAUGAAGGCUACACAGGGGUAGAUUGCUCUGAGGUGUCCCCUCCCAAAGACCUUAUUGUGACAGAAGUAACAGAGGAGACUGUAAAUCUGGCAUGGGACAAUGAGAUGCGGGUCACUGAGUACCUCAUUAUGUACACACCCACCCAUGCUGAUGGCCUGGAGAUGCAGUUCCGUGUGCCUGGGGACCAGACAUCUACCACAAUCCGGGAGCUGGAGCCAGGAGUGGAGUACUUCAUUCGUGUGUUCGCCAUCUUGGAGAACAAGAGGAGCAUCCCUGUCAGUGCCAGAGUUGCCACCUACUUGCCUGCACCUGAAGGCCUAAAAUUCAAGUCUAUCAAGGAGACAUCUGUGGAAGUAGAGUGGGAUCCUCUGGACAUUGCUUUUGAAACGUGGGAGAUCAUUUUCAGAAAUAUGAACAAAGAAGAUGAGGGAGAGAUCACAAAAAGCUUGAGGAGGCCAGAGACCUCCUACCGCCAAACUGGCCUGGCUCCUGGCCAAGAAUAUGAAAUAUCUCUUCACAUUGUGAAAAACAACACCCGAGGCCCUGGCUUGAAGAAAGUGACCACAACUCGCCUAGAUGCCCCCAGCCAAAUUGAGGUGAGAGACAUCACAGACACUACAGCACUGAUCACCUGGUCCAAGCCCUUGGCUGAAAUUGAUAGCAUUGAGCUCUCCUAUGGCAUCAAGGAUGUGCCUGGAGACCGGACCACCAUCGACCUCACACAUGAAGACAACCAGUACUCCAUCGGGAACCUGAAACCUGACACGGAGUAUGAGGUGUCCCUCAUCUCCCGCAGAGUGGACAUGGCAAGCAACCCUGCCAAGGAGACCUUCAUCACAGGCCUGGAUGCUCCCAGGAAUCUCCGUCGCGUCUCACAGACAGACAACAGCAUCACCUUGGAGUGGAGGAAUGUCAAGGCAGACAUUGAUAGUUACAGAAUUAAGUAUGCACCUAUCUCUGGAGGUGACCAUGCUGAGAUAGAUGUUCCAAAGAGCCAGCAAGCCACAACCAAAACCACACUCACAGGUCUAAGGCCAGGAACUGAAUAUGGAGUAGGCGUCUCUGCUGUUAAGGGAGACAAGGAGGGCGAUCCAGCAACCAUCAAUGCAGCCACAGAAAUUGAUGCACCCAGGGACUUACAGGUGUCUGAGACCACACAAGACAGUCUGACUUUAUUCUGGAAGACACCGCUGGCCAAGUUUGAUCGUUACCGCCUCAACUACAGCCUCCCCACAGGCCAGUCAAUAGAGACUCAGCUGCCAAAGGAUGCCACCUCCCAUGUCCUGACAGACCUGGAACCAGGGCAAGAAUACACUGUUCUCCUCACCGCUGAGAAGGGCAGACAUAAGAGCAAGCCUGCGCGUGUGAAGGCAUCCACAGAAGAAGUACCUUCUCUGGAAAAUCUCACCGUGACCGAGGCCGGCUGGGAUGGCCUCAGACUCAACUGGACUGCAGAUGACCUGGCCUAUGAGUACUUUGUUAUUCAGGUACAGGAAGCCAACAAGGUGGAGACUGCUCACAACUUCACAGUACCUGGUAACCUCCGGACUGCAUACAUCCCAGGCCUCAGGGCUGCCACUCCUUAUAGAGUCUCCAUUUAUGGGGUAGCUCGGGGCUAUAAAACACCAGUGCUCUCUGCUGAGACCUUCACAGGGAAAACUCCCAGUUUGGGAGAGGUGACUGUGGCUGAGGUGGGCUGGGAUGCCCUCAAGCUCAACUGGACUGCUCCAGAAGGAGCCUAUAAGAACUUUUUCAUUCAGGUGCUAGAGGCUGACAUGACCCAGACAGUCCAGAACCUCACAGUCCCAGGGGGACUGAGGUCAGUGGACCUACCUGGGCUCAAAGCAGCCACCCGCUAUUACAUCACCGUUCAAGGGGUCACCCAGGACUUCAGCACAGCCCCUCUCUCUGUUGAGGUCUUGACAGCCAAAGAACCUGAAAUUGGAAACUUAAAUGUUUCUGAUGUAACUCCUGAGAGCUUCAAUCUCUCCUGGACAGCUACCGACGGGAUCUUCGACAUGUUUACUAUCGAAAUUAUUGAUUCUAAUAGGUUGCUGCAGACAGCAGAACAUAAUAUAUCUGGUGCUGAACGAACUGCCCACAUCUCGGGCCUUCCACCUAGUACUGAUUUCAUUGUCUACCUCUCUGGAAUUGCUCCCAGCAUCCGUACCAAAACCAUCAGUACCACAGCCACCACAGAGCCAGAACCACAGUUGGGCAUGCUAAUCUUUAGCAAUAUUACUCCUGACAGCUUCCAUGUGUCAUGGACCACACAAGCUGGGCUUUUUGCAAAGAUUGUUAUCAAUGUGAGCGAUGCUCAUUCACUGCACGAGUCUCGGCAGCUCACAGUCCCGGGAGAUGCACAGCAAGCUCACAUCACAGGCUUGGUAGAGAACACUGCCUAUGAUGUCAGUGUGACAGGCACCACCUGGGCUGGUGACCCCACCAGACCCCUCACUGCCUUUGUCAUUACAGAGGCCUUGCCCCUUCUGGAAAAUUUAACCAUUUCCGACACUAAUCCCUACGGGUUCACAGUUUCCUGGAUGGCAUCGGAGAAUGCCUUUGACAGCUUUCUAGUAACGGUGGUGGAUUCUGGGAAGCUGCUGGACCCCCAGGAAUUCACACUUUCAGGAACCCAGAGGAAGCUGGAGCUUAGAGGCCUCAUAACUGGCAUUGGCUAUGAGGUCCUGGUCUCCGGCUUCACCCAAGGGCACCAAACAAAGCCCUUGAGGGCUGAGACCAUUACAGAAGCUGAACCGGAAGUUGACAACCUUCUAGUUUCAGAUGCUACUCCAGACGGUUUCCGUCUGUCCUGGACUGCUGAUGAAGGGAUAUUCGACAGUUUUGUUAUCAGGAUCAGAGAUACCAAAAAGCAAUCUGAACCACAAGAAAUAACCCUCCCUUCCCCCGACCGUACCAGGGACAUAACAGGUCUCAGAGAGGCCACUGAGUACGAAAUUGAACUCUAUGGAAUAAGCCGUGGAAGGCGAUCCCAGCCAGUCAGUGCCAUAGCAACAACAGCCAUGGGUUCUCCGAAGGAAAUCAUGUUCUCAGACAUCACUGAAAAUGCAGCCACAGUCAGCUGGAGGGCACCGACUGCUCAAGUGGAGAGUUUCCGGAUUACUUAUGUGCCUGUAACAGGAGGUCCCCCAUCCAUGGUGACCGUGGAUGGAACGGAUACUGAGACCCGACUGGUGAAGCUCACCCCUGGAGUGGAGUACCACGUCAGUGUGAUUGCCAUGAAGGGAUUUGAAGAAAGUGAUCCAGUCUCAGGGUCUCUAAUCACAGCUCUCGAUGGUCCAUCUGGCCUUCUGACAGCCAACAUCACAGACUCAGAAGCCUUGGCCAUGUGGCAGCCGGCCAUUGCCACUGUGGACAGUUAUGUCAUCUCCUACACAGGGGAGAGAGUGCCAGAAAUUACCCGCACAGUGUCUGGGAAUACAGUGGAGUUUGAACUACAUGACCUGGAGCCUGCCACAGAGUACACACUGAGUGUCUUUGCAGAGAAAGGUCACCAGAAGAGUUCUACCACCGCUACGAAAUUUACCACAGACCUGGAUUCCCCAAGAGAAUUGACUGCUACUGAGGUUCAGUCAGAAACUGCCCUCCUCACCUGGAGACCUCCCCGGGCGUCGGUCACUGGAUACCUCCUGGUCUAUGAGUCUGUGGACGGUACAGUCAAGGAAGUCAUUGUGGGGCCUGACACCACCUCCUACAGCCUGGCAGACCUGAGCCCAUCCACCCACUACACAGCAAGAAUCCAGGCAUUGAGUGGAUCCCUGAGGAGCAAACUGAUCCAAACCAUCUUCACCACAAUUGGACUCCUAUAUCCAUUCCCUAGGGAUUGCUCUCAAGCAAUGUUGAAUGGCGACACCACCUCUGGCCUCUAUACCAUCUAUAUAAAUGGUGACAAGACUCAAGCCCUGGAAGUCUACUGUGAUAUGACCUCUGAUGGAGGUGGAUGGAUCGUUUUCCUGAGACGCAAAAAUGGACGUGAGGACUUCUAUCGAAACUGGAAGGCCUAUGCUGCUGGGUUUGGAGACCACAGAGAAGAAUUCUGGCUUGGACUGGAUAACCUGAGCAAAAUCACAGCCCAAGGGCAGUAUGAGCUCCGGGUGGACCUACAAGACCAUGGGGAGUCGGCCUAUGCUGUGUAUGACAGGUUCAGUGUUGGAGAUGCCAAGAGUCGCUACAAGCUGAAGGUAGAAGGAUACAGUGGAACAGCAGGUGACUCCAUGAACUAUCACAAUGGUAGAUCCUUCUCUACCUAUGACAAGGACACAGACUCAGCCAUCACCAACUGUGCCCUGUCCUACAAAGGAGCUUUCUGGUAUAAGAACUGUCAUCGUGUCAACCUGAUGGGCAGAUAUGGGGACAAUAAUCACAGUCAGGGUGUUAACUGGUUCCACUGGAAGGGCCAUGAGUACUCAAUCCAGUUUGCUGAGAUGAAACUAAGACCCAGCAACUUCCGAAAUCUGGAAGGCAGACGUAAGCGGGCAUAAAUCCCAGGGACAAUUUGGUGAGAGAGGAAUGGGGCCCAGAGAAAACAGGAUUUUUACCAAAGCAUCAAUACAACCAGUCCAACGGUGAAGCUAUCCUUGGGCAUUUGAUGGGCAUCCAAGCAGACCAUGGAUCACUGAGGCACUGACGUAGGCCCCUCUGCAAUUACUUCCUUUGCACCAAAGACAACAGUCUGCAACUAGUUUCUGCUUUUUUGUUUGAUUGAGCAAAGUCUCCUAGGGACAGCAACACCGUGAUUUUUACUUCUAUUGGGUGGUUCUGGGAAUGGGAGAGGGGCGAGCUGGCUAUCCAGCGGACAUAGUUAUUUUCAGAGCCAGCUAUAUUCUACACAAAGCUGUUCAAUUGUUAUUGGUUGGGUCGCAAAGAUAAAACAUACGUCGUUGGAGGUUACCCCUUGCCCUGCGCCCCACUGAUGUUUUGUACAUUUCUUACAACUGAAGCCAGAAAAAUGAUAUUGUUUAAAUUUCAAGGACAUUAAUAUUAUUAAUAUAAUAAUGGUGAUGGUGAUGAUGAUGUUGAAAACUGAGGACUUUUAAAGAGACAUUCCCUUCCCAAAUGUGUCUGGACAGUACCUGAUUGUAUUUUUUUGUUGUUGUUUUUUAAUAAAAAGCACAGUACUUUUCA